CCAGUGUGGCUUGACUGUGUGGGAUGAAAUGAGCGUUGAGUUAUAAUCCCAGAGUUUAAUCCCAACCAUUCCCAAUCUGCUCUCUGCACACACCGGACGGCCUGAGAAACUCUUCCAACAGGGGAGAGGAGUCUGGUCCAACCUUGAACACAUGCAGAGGAUGUGAAGGGUAGCGGGGGACGCACCUCUUUUGGAGCCUUCAGAGCACAUCUGACAUUCAAAGGUGCCCAUCUGUUAAGGAAAAGAGAGUGUAAAGCAGAGACCGGGAGAUUAAAGAUGAUUUAUUUCUCAUGGGUGGGAGACAGUGAAUGAGGGAGUGAGUGGGAGGGGAGGGUGGCAGUCAGAAGCAAACUAACUGAAGAGCAAGUCGUGCCAGAGCGGGAGCUGCGGUUAGUCCACCUCUGACGCUGCACCGACGAGCCAUCAGUGGCGAGUCUCCGUCUCCUCAGCACCCGGCAGGAGCACCGUCUCCCAAUUUUGGAUAAGGAGCUGCAAAAGUCACGCGCCUGCGAAUUCCUCCCCUAAAACCGCGACAACUCAAGGUGAAUGCCGUCAUGCCAUUUGGGUGCCUUGCCCUGCGAGAUGGGCGGACUUACGACAGCAUAUCUGAUGUCACUGACAAAUAUGAGUUUGGACAAAUCCUUCGAGCGAAGGAGUUUUGCGAGCUGUGCCUGGCAAAGGACAGACAAACCGACAAGGUGUUUGUCUGCAAGAAAUUCCUCAAGAAAGAUGGCAGGAAAGUCCGCAAGGCUGCCAAGAACGAAAUCAUGAUUCUGAAAUUGGUCAAUCACCCAAAUAUUCUUCAGUUGAUAGAUACAUUUGAAACACGCAAAGAGUACUUCAUCAUCCAGGAACUAGCUACGGGAGGGGAUGUUUUUGACUGGAUUCUGGACCAGGGAAAUUACACAGAGAGAGAUGCUUCCAAUGUCAUCAGACAGGUCCUGGAGGCUGUGGCGUACCUGCACUCUCUCAACAUUGUUCAUAGGAACCUCAAGUUGGAAAACCUGAUGUACUACACAGAGAACAACCAUAACAAAGUUGUCCUACGAGACUUCUACCUGUCCAGAUUUGAGAACGGACCCAUCACUGAGCCAUGUGGAACUCCAGAAUACCUGGCCCCUGAAGUGGUGGCUCGUCACAGAUAUGGCCGUCCGGUGGACUGCUGGGCUGUGGGCGUCAUCAUGUUCAUACUUUUAUCUGGCAAUCCACCUUUUUAUGAUGAAACAGAGGAGGAGAACACCGAUCUACACAACCGCAUCAUCUUCUGCCGUAUCGUUGCUGGAGACUUUGAGUUUGAUACCCCUUACUGGGAUGACAUUUCACCUGCAGCAAAGGAACUCGUCUGCCGUCUGAUGGAGGUGGACCAGAUGUUAAGAAUCACAGCCCAAGAGGCCCUCGGCCAUGAAUGGAUUGCAGGAAACGGCGCCUCGGAGAAGAACCUAAAGGAUGGCGUCUGUGCCCAGUUUGAGAAGAACUUUGCAAAGGCAAAAUGGCGGGAGCUGAAGAAAGCAAUCCGUGUGACCACGUUCAUGCAGCGGCUGAAGAACUCAGAGGCUCUAACUGACAGUUCGGCUGGAGUUGAAAGCAGUGCAGAGGCAGGAGAAGGUGAAGGGGGCAUCUCCCAGGGGACGAGUGAUGACGGAGAAAAACUGACUAGUGACGGAGGGGUGACAUCAAGCAGCGUGUCCUUAGAAGUUACUGUUGAAAACACCUCCACGGCCAUGAGUCAAGAUGAGGGCGCCAUGACGGGCAAAGAAAAACAGGAGACAGUGAAUAUGCCUGUUGGCCCUUCUGUUGGAACUUCUCCGUCUGAUGUCCAGGACCCUAUCAUCCAGACUUGUUCCAUCCCCAAAACUGUGCAGGUGGAGCCCAACAAGGCAGGUGUGAAGAAGGUAGCAGGGGAUGGAACCAGGAAAAUUGCUGCAAACUUUGGUCAAAAUAAAGUUGUUCCCGAGGUCAAACAGACCUCGACAGUUUCUAGUGAUCCACAAAAGCAAGGCAUUAAUCUUGAGCUAAAGCAUGCAUCCGCUUUGCCUGAUCCCAGCAGCAAAUGUAAAAUGGCCACAAAGGUUCAUGGCACACAGCCGACAGGAGCUGCUGCCACCUCAUCGUCGCCAGAGAGAAGACCAGCGACCCAAAGCGUACAGAAAGAUGAAAGUGAUGGGAGCUGGUGUCAGACACAAGUGCCUGAAGCAGUGGCAGAGAGAUCAGUGGUGGCAACAAGUGCCCCGUCAGUGGGACCAGGGGCUGGGGUGGAUACAGGAUUGGGAGUUAGGCUGAGAGGUGAUGUUAGUCCUGCAAGCAGAAGGGAUAGGGAUGCCAAGAGAGCAGACAGAUAUAGUGCUGAGUUCAGCGUGGCUCGGACAGGAGCCGUGCCAGGACAGGGCUGUUACGCUGCAGGGAGCUCUGCAAGUUUAGGCCGACAUGCCACACCGUACAACCCAGAAAGCGUUGGUGUGGGGUUAGGGAUGGCAGGAAGCUUUCCGAGCCCUUACACCCACUUGUACACAAGUGGAGGAGGAGUUGGGAUGUAUGGAACAGGUCUGCAUCAUGGAUCAGGGGUAAGCAGUGCUACAAGCGACUGGCAGAUGGACAGUGUGAUCGAGCAGAUAGAGAAACAAAUGGCCGCCGUACUUGAGAAGAUUGAGGGUGACAUGCCCUCUCUGCUCGAGCAAAUCAGUGACUGUCCGGCUGAAUCCUUGUGUACCAGGAGCACGCACGCCUCUCCUUCCACUUCCCGUACACACUCCGCACAGCGCUCCUCAGCUUCAGCAUCCACAACUCCUCCACCACUUCCCACGUCUCCACGACCUGCUCUGCCUUCUCUCCCUCACCUUGCCAUCCCACCUCCUUCCUAUCCCCCACCCUCACCACCUACACAAGACUCACCACAGGCUGGUGGAGAAUCGGAAGAAGGCGAGGGACAGAAAAGUGUUACUCAAACUAGCCAGUCCCCCAGGGCUGGGUUUGGCCGGGGGCUUUGAGAUGAAUGUCCACUACAAAAUACAAAAAUCUAUUUGAGUAUUGGAUUUUAGGGCUCAAAUGGGAAAAAGAGAUAAAUGCCUCAUCUAGAAGCAUAACUGAAACAAGAAAAAAGAAGCCUCUAUAAUUGUUUUGUUCAGUUGAAAAUUUCUAACAGAUGACUGUUAAGGAGAAACCCCUCUUGUUGUCCCAUUGCUAUCAUAGCCGGGUUCAGAGUAGUAAAGCACAACAUCAUGUGAAAAUUGCAAAUACUGGGAUUCCAAAGGGUUGUUUGUAUCUAAAACUCUGACGAGAACAUUAAUAACAGCAUAAAUCUUGUUGGGUUUUCCAAGAUUUCAAACAUUUUUUUUCCCCUGAUAAGAGUGAAUAUUAACAAAACAAGUAUGGAAGUUUGAUUUUUCACUGUGUAUCAUAGACUGAAAAUACAUUAUUUAAAAAGAAGAAGAAGAAGAAUUCUUACUUUGUUGUCAUUAUGUAAACUUCAUAAUGCCCAAAUUGCAAUGUACUUGUUUAUAGCAGCUCAUGACAUUUCAUUAUUUUUCAACCCUUAAGUACUAUGUACUGUUUGGCUUAAAAUCAAGAGUUGUAGCCCUUACAGAAGGAUGUGCAACUGAGACUGUAAAAGCAAUCAUUAGCUGUUAAGUGGGAUUUUAAUUUAACCAAAUGCUAAACUUUAAUCAUCACUUAAAAAAACAUUUUGAGUUGCUCUAGACAGCAAAAUUGUGUAUAUAGGCAAUGCAAAAAGCACACCUAUCCAUUUACAUUGUGUAAAAAUGUAUGGCCAACAAACUCUGUUUACAUUUUCCCUCUGUUUUGUUUUCACAUUUAUUUUGGUAGACUAAUAUUAAUUAGCCUGUCCUAUUAUCUCCUUUUAAUCAUAAAAAUGUAUUUUUAAAUUUCAUUCUGCUUUUUGAGUGUAUGUAUAAAAGAUUAUGUGCUAUUAUCCCAACUGACAGCAUUCUGACCUUAUGUAUACUGUAUUGUCAAAUCUUUCAAUAAAAAUAGAAAAAAGUCUUGUUUCAGUUAA